UCCACAAACACCACAAAUUUACCCUGUUUCUUGGCCAAUUUUGGAACAAAGUACUAUCAAAGAUGGUGCGUGUCCGUGUAAAAUUACCAGGAUUCUGCAUGAAUCGAACUGUAGUCCAUGUUCGAGCCCGUAAUUCGCCUUCUCAAAUAUAUAAGAAGACACUUAAUUUGAUCAAAUCUGAUGACAACAAGUCUGAAUUUUCCAGCAAAAACAGCAUUGAGAUGAACUACAACACCGAUGAAUCUAGGACGGAUUCUGAAAAUGGGAUUAACAAUAGAGUCAUGGUUGUGGUUGAUCCUAGUCAAGAAGCCAAAAAUGCUCUGCAAUGGGCACUUACACAUACUGUUCAAAACCAUGAUACCAUUGUUCUUCUCUCUGUGACCAAGCCCUCUCAACAUGGUGAAAAUACCAAUGGUGAAUUCAAUCAGAGGGCCUAUGAACUUCUUUACUCCAUGAAAAAUAUGUGCCAAACAAAGAGACCAGGGGUGCAAGUAGAGAUAGCAGUGCAAGAAGGGAAAGAAAAAGGUCCUGUAAUUGUGGAAGCAGCUAAGCAGAGAGAAGUGUCAUUACUGGUGUUGGGACAAAGAAAAAGAUCCAUAAUGUGGCGACUACGCAAGAUAUGGUCAGAGAAAAAAUCGAAAAACAGAGUAGUGGAACACUGUAUUCAGAAUGCCAAGUGCUUGACAAUUGCUGUGAGAAGGAAGAGGAAGUUUGGAGGAUAUCUCAUUACUACUAAGCGUCACAAGAAUUUUUGGCUUUUAGCUUAAUCCAAUUGUUUUUACUGUGAUUUGAUUCACUUUGGAAUUAUGGGUAACAAAAUCUAUGUACCUUGGAUUGGGUGAAUCUUUCGGUUUUCAUUCUGUUGUGCUGUGCAGAAGGCAAAUUGUUGCCUUUUACAUUAGGAAUCAAUUGUACAAAACAUAAAAUGA